UCAUCUUCAAGCGUGACCGAGGAAAUGAAAUUUAGUUCGUUGAAAAAAAAAGACAGGCAGAAUGUUAGCCAGCCCGGGAAAGAAGACUGGGCAAGCGCCUCUAACCGGCACUGAGUGGGGGAAUCCGAGGGAGCGCGAGGGUCCGCUGUGGGGGAUGCCGGUUGCUUGCCCACACCUAGGAAAAUGAAUGGCUGGAUUUCAAGCACCAUCUGCUUCUUAUUGCUAUUGAGUAGUGUUUGUACCCAGAAGAGCCAAGAUCUCCGCUGUGGAGUAUGCCGGGCUCUAGUGGAUGAGCUGGAAUGGGAAAUAUCUCGAAUAGAUCCAAAAAAAACCAUCCAAGUAGGCUCCUUCCGCAUUAAUCCUGAUGGAAGCCAGUCCAUAGUAGAGGUGCCCUAUGCCAGAUCUGAGGCUCACCUGACGGAGCUGUUGGAGAACAUCUGUGAAAACAUGAAUAACUAUGGUGAAAAGAUAGAUCCUUCAACUCACAGGAAGAAUUAUGUCAGAGUAGUCUCCUUUGAUGGGACCAAGAUGGAUCUUUCUGAAACCAAAUUUGAUGGUGAUGUGACAUCAAGCUUGAAGUUUGCAUGUGAGAAAAUAGCUGAAGAGUACGAAGACGAGCUCAUAGAAUUCUUUUCCCAUGAGGCAGAAAAUGUCAAGGACCGGCUAUGCAGCAAACGAACAGAUCUCUGUGACCACGCCUUACAUCUCCCGCAUGAUGAACUGUGAAGGGUAAAGGCUGACUGACCUGGUAGAAGACUUUGCCUAAUUCUUUGUAGACUACAUCCCUUUUUACAAGCACCUAUAAUUAUUGUCCCAGGAGUUGUCUUUCAAUUUGGGGGAAAGUGCAGAACACCCUAGAAACUUAAGACUGUGUAUCAGAGGAGAGG